AUGCCGGCGAUUCCAAGGCCAGGAAGUUUAAAAGAUCCUGAAAUAGCUGAACUUUUUGAUAAAGAUGACCCAGAUAAAAUAUUUGAAGACUUACGAGAAAUUGGACAUGGAAGUUUUGGAGCUGUAUAUUAUGCAAGAUGUUCAGCAACCAAAGAGAUAGUUGCCAUCAAAAAAAUGUCCUACUUAGGAAAACAAAGUAUGGAUAAAUGGCAAGACAUAUUAAAAGAAAUAAGGUUUUUAAGGCAUCUCAAACAUCCAAACACAAUACAAUACAAGGGUUGUUUUUUAAGAGAUCACACAGCAUGGUUGGUGAUGGAAUAUUGUCUGGGUUCAGCCUCAGAUAUUAUAGAAGUACACAAAAGACCUCUAAUGGAGGAAGAAAUUGCUGCUAUUUGUGAUGGGGUUUUGAGAGGUCUUAAUUAUCUUCAUUCUUUAGGUCGUAUACAUCGAGAUGUAAAAGCUGGAAACAUCUUACUAACAGAAAAUGGCACAGUAAAACUUGCUGAUUUUGGAUCUGCCAGUACAAAAUGUCCAGCUAACAGUUUUGUAGGUACUCCUUACUGGAUGGCACCUGAAGUUAUAUUGGCUAUGGAUGAAGGGCAAUAUGAUGGAAAAGUUGAUGUUUGGUCACUGGGUAUAACAUGCAUUGAAUUAGCUGAAAGAAAGCCUCCAUAUUUUAACAUGAAUGCAAUGAGUGCCCUUUAUCAUAUUGCACAGAAUGAUACUCCUACCUUACAAUCAUCUGAAUGGACAGACACAUUCCGAUACUUUGUUGAACUGUGUUUACAAAAAAAUCCUUGUGAGCGCCCAUCUUCAUCUAAACUUUUACAACAUCAAUUAAUAACUCGUUCAAGAUCAUCUAAUGUUUUAAUUGAUCUUAUUCAAAGAACGAAAGCUGCUGUUCGUGAUUUAGAUAAUCUCAAUUAUAGAAAAAUGAAAAAAAUUCUUAUGGUGGAUUUGUAUGAAACUGAGAGUAAUGUUGGUGACAAUGAUGAUAAUGCUGAUGAACAUACAGGCGGAGAAAGCAGCAAGAGUAAUAGUAUAACUUCAGAACAUUCAAUACAGUCAAUUGGUGUCAGCGCUUCAUCGCACAGUAGUUCUACCAAUAGUACGCCGAAUAUGAAUGAAAUAACUAAUAUGAGCACAAACGACCACUAUCCAACAGCUAGAAAUCGUCACAAACCAUCUAGUAAUAAUUCUAAUUCUAUUGUAUCCAACGAUCAUGUGGCUAUCGGAGUUCCCAAUAAUUUUGCAACUAUUCGAACAACAUCUAUAGUCACAAAACAACAGAAAGAACAUAUGCAGGAAGAAAUGCAUGAACAAAUGUCUGGCUAUAAACGAAUGAGAAGAGAACACCAGAGUGCAUUAUUAAAACUUGAAGAUAGAUGUAAACUUGAAAUGGAAAGUCAUAAACAGCUCUUGGAUAAAGAAUAUGAAACUUUAUUGCAACAAUUUAGCAAGGAACUAGAAAAAUUACAAAUUAAACAUCAGCAAGAGUUAGAAAAGAAGAUAAAACAGAAUGUUGCAGCUGAAAAGAAAAUAAUGAAAGAAAUAACCAACAGACAAGAAGCAGACCGCAAAGCAUUUGAUACACAAAGAAAAAAAGAUUAUAAAACCAAUAAAGAGCGAUGGAAACGUGAGUUAUUAUUGGAUGAAUCCACACCUAAGCGACAAAAAGAUGCUGCUUUACAAUCUCAAAAAGAAAACCUUAAACAAAUGGAAGCUCAAGAAGAACACAGACUUAUUCGAGGUCAAAAAGAUUAUUUGGAACUUGAAAUUAGGAAAUUUCGUAGAAAAAGGCUAAAUCAAUACCAUUUGUAUGAACAAGGAUUAUUAAGAGAAGAACUUGGGAAAAGACAACAACAGUUGGAAACUGCUCAUUCAAUGUUAUUACGACAUCAUGAAGAUACUAGAAACCUUGAAACAAGACAACAAAGAGCUGUUCAUGCUUUACGCGCUGAUCAAGUAACCAGACAACAUGAAACUGAAUUACAGCACCAACAUGAUUAUUGUGCUCGUGCCCAUCGUGAUUUACGGAAGAGACAUGCAAUGCAGCUACGGCAACAACCUAAAAGUCUCAAACAUAAAGAAAUGCAAAUUAGAAAACAGUUUAGAGAAACGUGUAAAACUCAAACACGACAGUACAAAGUAUUAAAAGCUCAGGUACUGGCAACUACAACCAAAGAAGAACAAAAAACUGUGAUUAAAAAAUUAAAAGAAGAACAACGAAGAAAAUUAGCAUUACUCGGAGAACAAUAUGAACAAAGUAUUUCUGAAAUGUUACAAAAACAAUCUAUACGACUCGACGAAUCACAAGAAGUUGAGUGCCAUGUGCUUAAAGAACGUUUAAGAUAUGAACUUGAAAUAUUAAUAGCAUAUCAAUCAAAGAAUAAGAUGCAAGCAGAUGCUCAAAGAAAUCGUGAGAAAAAAGAAUUAGAAGAUCGUAUUUCAGUUCGAAGAUCAUUACUAGAGCAAAAGAUGGAAAUGGAAACAAAACAAUUUCUACAAGAGCGUGGGGAACGUAUUCGUCUUCUCCGUGAAAAACAAGAAAGAGAACUAGAACAGUUUGACGAAGAGUCAGCCCGUUUGGGUUUUAGUGCCUUAGCAAUUGCCGAAGCAUCGAGUCUUGAACAGGAUAGUUUGUCUGGCAGUGUGCUUAGCCUAGCUCGUAGCAACAGUACUAACUCAUUUCAUGACGGAAAUCUAUAG